AUGCGAGCGGCGCCAAUUUUGUCCAUGACCUCGCAAGAUGUGGCCCGCCUCCUUUUGUCCCGUCAGACUGCUGGGCUGCGGUCGUUCAGCGCGGCCAGCAAGCUGAUGCACGGACAACGGAAGGCCCCGAUGCGCAUGACCACGGAGGAAGCGUUCGUGAAGACUCUCCAGAUGCAUGGCAUCAAGAACGCCUUUGGCAUCAUCGGUUCUGCCAUGAUGCCGAUCUCGGACCUCUUCCCAAAAGCAGGCAUCAAAUUCUGGGACUGUGCACACGAGUGCAAUGCUGGAAUGAUGGCGGACGGCUACACACGAACAACAGGGAAGAUGUCGAUGAUGAUCGCACAGAACGGGCCUGGCAUCACCAACUUCCUGACGCCCGUGAAGACAGCCUACUGGAAUCAUACUCCGCUGUUGCUGGUCACGCCGCAGGCAGCGAACAAGAAGGUAGACAUCAACGGUGACCGCAUCGGCCUCACUACGUCAGUGGACGUCGGCAUUCAGGGCGACGCAGGCUUGGUGGCUGAGCAGCUGCUGCAGCAGCUGGCGCCGGAAGCUGGGAGCGGCCGGGCGGAGCGCGCGGCCCUGGUGAAGGAGAAGAAGGCAGCCUGGGCAGCUGAACUGGAGAGCCUGGACCACGAGCUGGACGACGAGGGCACCACCUGGAACCCAUCGCGCGCCUGGCGCGCGAUCAUGCGGGUCAUGCCCAAGGAGGCCAACAUGUCUUCGGACAUCGGCAACAACUGCGCCAUUGGCAACGCCUACCCCUCCUUCGCCUCGCCGCGGAAAUACCUGGCCCCGGGCCUCUUCGGGCCCUGCGGCUACGGCUUCCCGGCCAUUCUGGGCGCCAAGGUGGGCAACCCCGACGUGCCCGUGGUGGGCUUCGCUGGGGAUGGCGCCUUCGGCAUCUCCGUGAAUGAAAUCACUGCCUGUGGCCGCGGGGAUUGGCCCCCGGUGACCAUGGUGGUCUUCCGGAACUUCCAGUGGGGCGCGGAGAAGCGCAACACCACGCUCUGGUACGACGACAACUUUGUGGGCACUGAGCUCAACAAAGGCGUGGAGUACGCGGAGAUGGCCAAAGCCUGCGGUCUGAAGGGUGUGAAGGUGCAGUCGGUCGAGCAGCUGGAGCGAGCCUUGAGCUCGGCCAUCGAGGGCCAAAUGAAGCGCGGAGAGACGACCCUGGUUGAGGUGCUGCUGAACCAGGAGCUGGGAGAGCCCUUCCGCAGGGACGCCAUGAAGGCUCCGGUGCAGGUCGCCCCCAUCAAUGCCAGCGACAUGGCGGAGUGA